UUUUCUAAAAAUACAUUUUUUGGACCUUAUACUGGUGAACGACAUCGAUCAACUGAACGAGCUAAUCAAUCUGGUUAUGCAUGGACUAUCGAAGAUGAUGCUGGAAGUGUUUAUGAUUAUGUAGAUGCUAGUGAUCCACAUCGAAGCAAUUGGCUUAGAUAUGUCAAUUGUCCAAUUGGACAAAAUGAUGAAAAUUUAACAGCAAUUCAGUUUAAUGGUGAAGUUUAUUAUCGAACAUUACGUAAUAUUAAAGCAGGCGAAGAAUUAUUUGUUUAUUAUGGUGAAGAAUAUGCUAAAGCACUUGGACUUGAUGCUUUUGAUCAUUCAAUAGAAAAUCAAACGAUUGUUCAGUCAUUCCUAACUCCACAUUCUAUUGCUUCAUCAAAAACGGAACAAAAACAACAACAAACUACUUCAGCAAAAAAACAAAAAACUAUUAAAAGAGAUACUAUUGGAUAA